AUGGCUUCCAGCUUCAUACCACCAGGAAUUGCCUACCUCAUCAAGAACCUCCCGGCACUCGCCUCCCCACCCGCCCUUGCCUACCUCCUCGUCCGAGCGCUCGAGCACGGACUAGACAUCGACAUUCCGCACUGGUGUCUGGCAUUAGGCAUAGCGCUCAGCUUCCCCGCUGCUCUGACAGCAAAGGUCCAAUGGCGGCGCUUCGCUGACGAGCGCGCAGCCGCGCGGCUAGGUGCGGUCAUGCCCACGGAAGUUCAGUUCAGGCUCCCCGCGGGCUUUGACUUUCUCUUGGCAAGCAUCAAGGAUCUGUAUCCAGGGAGCAUCUAUGUAGGGAAUGCGCCGAAGUACGGCUGGACUCAUAACAUUAGGAUCCUAUUCGGUAAUCGCUAUGUCACCUCGGAGCCCCACCUCGUCAAGGUGGACUAUUCUCAGAUUCUUCUUAUUGCCUAUCUUGCCACCCAAUUCAACGAGUUCGAGAAAGGGGGAGAGACCUCGCGGAUUUUUCAUCCCGUACUGGGAACAGGCGUUUUCGCAGUCGACGGGGAGGAAUGGAAAUUCCACAGGAACAUGGCCCGCCCCUUCUUCAGCAAAGACCGCAUCAGCCACUUCGACAACUUCGACCGACACGCCAAAGCUGCUAUAACACUAAUGAAAGCCCGAUUCGCCGAAGGAUACGCGGUCGACUUCCAAGACCUCAUCGCCCGCUUCACACUCGACUCUGCCACUGAAUUCCUCUUUGGAAACGACGUUUGCUCCCUGGCUGAAGGGCUUCCUUAUCCCCAUUUCCACCAUGAUAGUGGCAACGAUGCGGAGAAGGCAUCAUUAUCUGAAUCAGAGCCAGCGUUGGGAUCGUCGUCGGAGCAAACGACGACCCGGUUCGUGCAGUCGUUCAGUAAGGCUUUGGAGAUCGUCGCCUUUCGGACGAGGUUUGGCGACCACUGGCCUUUGAGUGAGUUUUGGAAGGAUAGGUCGGUGGAGCCCAUGAAGAUCGUCCAGGGGUACAUUGAUCCUAUUGUCAAAGAGGCUAUUCGACGGAAGAGGGAGUCGAAGGGAGUCGAAGUUGACAGAGAUGAUGAAACCUUUUUGGAGAACUUGGUCAAUUCGACGGAAGACCCCGCCAUGCUGCGGGAUGCUAUCAUGAAUAUGUUGGUUGCAGGUCGAGAUACAACGGCUUGCGCCCUGACGUUCAUCGUCUACAUGCUCUCCGAGCAUCCCCGGGUGCUGGAACGCCUCCGCGAUGAGAUUCUGUCUAAACUUGGACCAGACCGUCGCCCAACCUACGAAGACCUCAAGGACAUGAAGUUCCUGCGUGCGGUUAUCAAUGAAACAUUGAGGCUGUACCCUCCCGUUCCAAUUAACAUGCGAAUCUCAAAAGUCCCAACACUUAUUGAGGGGAAAGGCCCAGAUUCCCGUCCGAUCUAUGUCCCAGCCAACACCCGACAAAUGUACGUCAUACUCGCCAUGCACCGAAGAAAGGAUCUGUGGGGUCCGGAUGCGGAAGAAUUUGACCCAGACCGCUUCCUCGACGAUCGAGUUCAGAAGUACUUGGUCCCGAACCCAUACAUCUUCCUCCCUUUCAACGCAGGUCCACGAAUCUGCCUAGGCCAACAGUUUGCGUAUAAUGAAGUCUCGUUCUUCCUCUGCAGACUCCUCCAGAACUUCUCGUCCAUCAGCCUAUGCGAGAAAUCCCAGUCUCCCGAAUGCAGGCCUCCUACGCAUUGGUCGGCGAAUAAUGACGGCUCCAGGAUGGCGAAGGAGAAGGUAAAGCCAAAGUCCCAUCUGACUUUAUACGUUGAGGGCGGUCUUUGGGUCCAAAUGGCUGAAUAGGCGUGUAUUACUACUGAGAACUGCGGCACCUACUCAAGCUCAU